AUGAGAGAGGCGGAAGAAACACGCCAAGAAAAAAAAGAGUCAGAGGAGGAAAUAAAGGAGUCUUACGAAGAUCAAUCCAUGCCAGAAGAGGACAGUGGAAACGAAGCAGAAGAUGAUUGGAGAACUCCAAUCUACGAUUACCUUGACAAAGGCAUAUUACCGGCUGACGUCAAGGAAUCCAGGAAUAUCGAAUCAAAGGAAGCAAUGUAUAGCCUACAUAAUGGUAUAUUGUAUAGAAGUUCAUUUCUGAGACCUCUGUCACGGUGCCUCUCACAAAUCGAAGAAAGGAGGAUACUUCGUGACAUGCACAGUGGAGAUGCAGGAAACCACCGCGGAAGAAGAUCCUUGGCAGUUAAAGGCAAAAUGCAAGGGUAUUAUUGGCUAAGUAUGGAUGAAGAUGCAAAAAACGUGGUUAAACGAUGCGAAAGGUGCCAACGUUUCGCCAAAAAGAUCAAGGCACCAGCAACGGAGAUUAACUCAGUUAUCAGCCCUUGGCCAUUUUCCAAGUGGGGGGUGGGGGGGGGGGGUGAUGUCUUCGGACCUCUGAUAGAGGGAACAACAAAGAGGAAAUAA